AUGGAUUUAGCCAAGGCGGGUGAAGCUAGGAAGUUACAACUGGAAGAGCUUGAGUGUUUGAGGAAUGAGUCAUAUGAGAAUGCCCGAAUUUACAAGGAAAAGACUAAGGCGUUUCAUGACCAUCACAUCCGGAAGAAGGACUUUCAAGAAGGCGAUGAGGUCCUCCUCUACAACUCAAGGCUCCGACUUAUGCCUGGCAAACUCCGUUCUAGAUGGGAAGGACCUUUUAAGGUGAAAGAGAUGAAGCCCUAUGGAGUGGUGGAAUUGUUUGAUCCCAAGAGUGAAGCAACCUUUAAGGUGAAUAGACAUAGGGUGAAGAAGUAUCAUGGUUGCAAGCCUCCAAAAGAGCUAGAGGUGUACAUAUUGGAGGAUGCACCAAAGAGAAAGAAAGCUUAA